AGAGCCUCCUCAUUAUAGCAUUGCACCCAAGUUUAGUUUUUGGUCUGGAGUUUUCGUAAGCUCUUAGUUUUCUCCAACUUCGUUUCAAAGUUCGAGUCUUUACUGACUUGAAAGUUUGGAGAAACAGAGUUUGACGUUUGAGGUUUGGUUUUUUUGAAUUCAAAGGUUUGGUUUAUAAUGGAGGAAAAGAUGGAGGUUGAGAAAAAGUAUAUCACUGUUGAGCAGCUGAAGCUUCACAACAGGCCAGGGGACCUAUGGAUCUCUAUCCAGGGAAAGAUUUACAAUGUCUCUGAUUGGGUUAAUGACCACCCUGGUGGAGCUACUAUUCUGUAUGAUUUGGGUGGUCAGGAUGUUACUGAUGGAUUCAUGGCUUACCAUCCCAGCACAGUGUGGAAGCGCCUUGGGAAGUACUUCAAUGGUUACCAUCUCAAGGAUUUUGAGAUCUCUGAGGCGUCUAAGGACUACAGAAAGCUUCAUGCCGAGAUUACGCAGAUGGGUUUAUUUGAAAACAAAGGGCACGGGGCUUUUUACAAUAUUACAACUAUUGUUGUUUUGCUUUACCUAGUUGUGUAUGGUGUGUUGAAGUCUGAUAGUGUUUUGGUGCAUUUUGUUUGCGCUGUGAUGUUGGGGAUCCUUUGGAUUAUGGGAGCCUAUAUGGGACAUGAUUCGGGUCAUUACCAAGUCAUGUCGAAUCGUAAGUGGAACCAAAUCAUUCAGGUUCUGGCUGGGAAUUGCCUUACUGGAAUUAGCAUUGCUUGGUGGAAAUGGACUCACAAUCAGCAUCACAUUGCCUGCAACAGCCUCGACUAUGAUCCUGAUCUACAACACAUGCCGGUCUUUGCUGUGUCCACAAAGUUCUUUCAUUCGAUUACUUCAGUCUUUUACGGGAGGAAGAUGGAUUUUGAUCAUGUGGCUAGGUUUUUAGUUAGCCACCAGCAUUUUACUUAUUACCCUAUUAUGAUUGUCGGAAGGAUCAACUUAUUUAUUCAGACCUUCUUGUUGUUGUCAUCCAAGAGAAGCAUCCCCAAUAGGACUAUGAACAUAAUGGGAAUCCUUGUUUUUUGGACUUGGUUUCCUCUACUUGUCAUGUGUCUUCCUAGCUGGAGCGAGAGGGUGAUGUUCGUGCUUGUGAGCUUCACAGUGACCGCAUUUCAGCACAUUCAGUUCACUUUGAAUCAUUUCUCCGGAGAUACUUAUCUUGGACCACCGACUGGGAAUGAUUGGUUCGAGAAGCAGGCUGCAGGAACCAUUGACAUUUCGUGCUCGAAGUACAUGGAUUGGUUCUUUGGUGGCCUGCAGUUUCAGCUGGAGCAUCAUUUGUUCCCCCGAUUACCCCGAUGCCAACUGAGGACGGUUUCUCCAACCGUGAAGGAACUAUGCAAGAAGCACAAUUUGCCUCACAGGAGCUUGUCCUUCUGGGAUGCCAAUGUGACCACCAUUCGGGUUCUCAAGAAAGCUGCCCUGCAGGCUUGGGACAUGACCCUUCCUGUCCCAAAGAACUUGGCGUGGGAAGCGAUUAACACCCAUGGCUGAGGUUUGCCGAGGCUCUUCAGACUAUUACCCUGCGACAUUACAUUUCUGUUUUUAUAAACUUGGGGUAUCUAGAAAGAAGAUAAUUUUUUUAGCUGUUUUUUUUCAUUUCUAUUCGAUAUUAUUUUUGACAUUCCCACUUCUGCAAUAAUUGAUUUCUAUGUUAAAUUCGCUAUUCAAACGCUAUCAAAUUCAAUUGAUAUGCAUUAUCAGAUUUUAAUACAGAUUAUAGAGAUGGCUCCUCUCACAAAUGAUUUUGUAGAUUGA